AUUGAUCGAGUAAAUACCUAGGAACUAACAAUGUAAGCUUCUCUGUGUUAGAUAUAGGAACAGGCACAAUCUACCCAUCUUUUGCAUCUGCCUUGACUAUUUAUUGCCUUGAACUUCAUCCUCAAUACCAACUAGUCUCUCCUCGGAAGCUUCUCCUCACACGUCUAGCACGUCUAACGCGUGGCACUCAUGGCUUACUACCAUAUAAUACGAUAAUGAAACUUGUUGGUGAGAACUUAAUUCUCUCAGCCUCCUUCACAUUGCGUAUGUUGCGUGUGUUAAGUGUAGAAUAUUAAUUAGCCCUCACUCUCACCCCGCCCCUUCUCUAUUUUUGGGUUCAGCUAUUAUUCGCUUCCACCACUUUGCUGCGUACUUGUGCUGGGGAGGGACUAGGGUCACCAGGGUACUGUGCUUAACUAAGAACGAUUUAUCUACAGGGAUGAUUCGUCACUGAAUCCGGUCCAUUCCUACCGUUUCAGUGUCAAGCUUUUCCCUGGAGCUGGGUUUACUUACGCACGCUACAGGCCUUGUUGUCGCUAUUCAGGGUUAUGGUGAAAAUUUAGGGAAGUACCAAACAAUACUUAACUACCUCUAUAGAGCUCACGGUGCAAAAAUUGUUGGUAGAUGAAUAAAGCAGAGACAAGAGGACAGAGGACAGAGGACAGAGAAGGAUCAAAACGUUCCCCAUUCAAAGAGUUUUGGUCGAAAGAACUGAGGAAAAGGGUUCACUUGGCUCAUCUUAUUUCGAAAAGGAUCAACAAAGGUUGAUCAAUUACAACAUCCAUCCAUUGAUUCAUUCUGAAUACUCAAUUGUCUGGCAAUUAACCAUCAUUGAAACUGGUACGAGAAAUAUAUAUCCAUCUUACUUUCUGCCCCAGUACUCCUUAUUCUUACCCAUUUCUCCUCCUCCUUUUCAUACAAUCAAAUCACUCAAGCUUGUCCCUUUAACUACCAAGUUACAAAUAUCCCACUUUCGACCGCUGAAUCAAGGCUCAUCUUUUCUUUUAUUCUAGUUAUCUGUUGGUUCCGCAUUAUCAAACACGCCUAUGUGCGUUGCCAUCUUGGCAUUGCCUUGACCUACCUAGAAUUUAAUUUUCUGGAGUUCGACCUAUUCAGCAACGAGAGCCUCUUUACGAGAAAAUUCACCGUAUAAUAAUAUUAUUCAAAAAUCGGAUAAGUGUCAAACUCGCUAGGGGAGACAGAGAAUAUCGUGUACAAAUUCACUUGGCAGAUAGAAGUUCUGCGAAUUGCGCAAAGAUGUUGACCUUUAGGAGAGCUUUGUUAGCUGCGGCUUUCUUCCUAACUAUGGUAUUUCUCAUCACACGAACACACAACCCACCUACAUCAAACGAUAUACUAUCACAAGAAAAAAGCAUACCAAAAUCGGAGGGGAAGGAUGGAGUUGAUUCAAAAACAAAACCGGGCUCAUCAGCUUCGACGAAUGCGAUUCCACCGGCACCAAAGAAGAAGCCUCAAACUUCUCAAGCACUAUUACAAGAUUUAUCAAGAGCACCUUUAAGGGAAAAGCUCGCAUAUCAAUUUCCAUACGACGUAGAGACUAAGUUCCCAGCAUACAUUUGGCAGACAUGGAAAUAUACCCCAGCAUCUGGAGAUUUUGGAGAGAACUUUCGCCCUGCAGAAGCAAGUUGGUCAGAAAAACACCCAGGAUUCGUACAUGAGGUCAUUACCGAUUCAGUCGCAGUUCAUCUAUUAAAACAUUUGUAUGCCUCUCUGCCAGAAGUUCUAGACGCUUACAAUUCAUUGCCCUUGCCUGUUUUGAAAGCCGAUUUCUUUCGAUACUUAAUUCUACUGGCCAGAGGUGGUAUUUACUCCGAUAUCGAUACUCAUGCAUUGAAACCUGCUUCGGAAUGGCUUCCUGAGAGUGUGCCACGCGAAGCUAUUGGACUAGUUGUGGGUAUUGAGGCAGAUCCAGAUCGUCCAGAUUGGGCAGAAUGGUACUCUCGAAGAAUUCAAUUCUGUCAAUGGACAAUUCAAUCGAAGCCAGGGCAUCCUGUACUCCGCGAAAUCGUUGCCAACAUUACCGAACAGACUCUUAACAUGAAGAAGAGCGGAACCCUCAAGAGCUUCAAUGAUAGAAAUGUUGUGGAAUUCACCGGUCCGGCUUUGUGGACAGAUACUAUUUUUGAUUUCUUGAAUGACGAGAGAUAUUUUGAUAUGACUACAAGCAAGGGAAACAUUACAUGGAGAGAGUUCACAGGCAUUGUAUCUGCAAAGAAAGUUGGAGAUGUGGUUGUCUUGCCUAUUACAAGUUUCAGCCCUGGAGUGCAGCAAAUGGGCUCGAAGGACUAUGAUGAUCCCAUGGCUUUUGUGAAGCAUGAAUUCGAAGGUUUGUCUCAUUAAUCUAUUAUCAACGUAUACAACUAACUUCAAAUAUUAGGUACCUGGAAACCUGAGAACGAACGGCAUAUUGGGAUAGUUACUAGGUAGUGAAAACAUCGCUUCCUCGACAACAAAUACUUUCUUUAUAAAAUCAUUGAGCACAUAGCACAUACCCUAGUCGAAUUUUGAGCGAGCAUCAAAUGCAUGAGCGGCAUACUGACGGGCACACCGGGAGGCUUUAUUUUUGGUUUGAUGGGAAAACAUAGAAUGGAUGGCCUGAAAUACCUUUUAACGUUGGCUUUUAUUCUCUUAGCAUGGAGUUUUAUUUGAUAUCCGGGACAUUGGGAUAAAGUUUCAUUCUUGUUUGGAUGGUUGAAGGGAUCGAGAGGGAAAUGGGUGCUUGUGGAAGCAUGCUGUAGAAUUUUUAUGUUUGAUUGCAAUGUCAAAAGCAGAAGACAUGAAUUUUCAAGAGCUGAAAUUUGUGUAUUGUUGGAUUUUUUUGCAAUUCUGGAUUUCCUUGGGAGAUAGGGGUGAUGGGAUAGAUGGCGGGGUUACUAAAGCAAUGUUUGAAAUUGCAAAGGAUAGGAAGGAAAUAUCUUUUAAUGGAUAUUUAUAUAGAAGCACGCGGAGACAGAUGAAGGAUGCACGAUGGCCACGAUGGCCACGAUGUUGGAACUGUAUAUAUACCAUAGUAGCAUGGAUAAGGAAAAGGAAAAGGAAAAGGAAUGAAUAAGUCGAUGAUCAACCA